AUUUUGCGUAAAUAUUUCCUCCCGUUUGAUCUCCUUUUCCUCCACCUUGCGGCAAGGCGAACGAUUAUUGUGAGUAAUGGGGAAGAUCCUAUGGCCCUGUACCGCACUAUGAAGAUUUAUCAUACUCAAGAUGUGUGGUUUCGGAAGCUCUUUGCGGUGUUCUCAAGAUAUGCUUAUGUCAACACUAUAGUUGAGGUUUGA